GCAUCGAGAAGGCCCUGUAUAACGAUUUUCAGCCAAAUCGAAAGACCCCGCCGUUUCCCGUUAAAAUGUUAAAUGGCCGUUAACUCGUUAACGGUGCAAAAUACCACCCAAAAGAGAAUCUGAGAUCAAGAUAGGCAUAUUGAAGUGCUGUCACCUGGCACUAUAUUUUUCAUAGACCUGAGGCUCUCCAGCUUUGAAUAUGUUUGGUCUGCGUGCACUGGAACAUAUGAGACAGGCCUCUGGUUCCAGGACACUCUUGGCCACUUUGUAUCGCACUCCACUGCCUGUUGUCUCAAAGCUUAGCUCAUACACCUCAGAAUGGGCUGCCGAUUUCGCUGCCGUUAAGGAGGCCGUGGACACUGGCAGUGCCACGAUCGUGGACGUCCGAAACCCCGGCGAACUCCAGGAGGAGGGCAAGAUCCCAAAGGCCAUCAAUUUGCCACUGCCCGAGCUGAAGCAGGCGAUGGAGCUCUCUGCCGAGGAGUUUCAGCAAAAGUACGGCUGCGCCCGGCCCGGUCAGACGGAGCCUCUGAUCCUGCACUGCAAAGGCGGCAUCCGAGCGGCCAAGGCGGCCGGCCAGCUCACCGAGAGCGGAUACAGCAACCUCAAGGUGUACCAGGGCUCGUUCGCCGACUGGGUCAGCAAUGGCGGCCCCGUGGAGAAGUGAGCCGCCAGCGGCCGCGGCACUGUUCGGACCGGCACGCUCUGUCACGGCGCUCGCCCCUCGUCGAUAUGACGCCCACUACCUAGUGUCCACAAUUCAGUACCUUCAUCCGUCCGUCGUUUAAGCCUCUGGAAGCGAUCAAAGCCAUCGGUGAUCAGCCCAUCCAUCUGGUGACAAAUUUAUCCGAAGGAGAGCGCUCUGACAGCACCGGCCGGCCGGACAGGCCGAGCUACACCCGACAGAAGAUGUGUAUUUUCCUAGAUGUUCGCUUUUGUGAGUCAAGACGUUGGUAUACGCACUGUGAGAUCCAGUUGUAGUCGUCGCUAGCAAUGAUCGUCGGAGAAUAUGCACUUGGUGCUUGUAUCAUUGACUCAUGGAUUUGGUGAUUUGAACUGCCUGGUGCCCAGUCACUGGUGUUGUCUCGCUAUUUUUCUGGUGAUGGUUGUUCUUGUUGGUCGUAUUGCCUAAUGUUGUCAAUCAGCUCUGCUGUUCCGCUUUCGCUCGGUGUUUUGAUAUCACAUAUCAGCUAUGUGGUGAUUUUAAAAGAGUCGUCACUGCUUCACCAUUUUCAGUCAUCGCGAACAAUGAUAUUCGUCGUCAACGAAAGCCAGUGAUAAAUGGUGAUCUUGCCACUUCGAUGGUCUCUUCACGCAAAAUCAAAAUAUACUGAAAGACACG